AAAACACUUUUAACUAGCUGGCUUCCAAACCAUCCUUUACUCAAACAAAUUUAUUUUAUUUUGUAUCGGCAUCCGUUGGGAAAAGAAAACUCUCGCCCUGUCCUGCGUCUGCGUUUCGACGACCUAGAUAUGGAUUUUCCCUACUAACCACCUAGAGCGGAUUCAGACCUGCCAUGUGAAAAUCUAUCGAAAAUAUUUGUAACGAGUUUUUAAUUAUUUUCAGUGCGAAUUUUUUGUUUUUUAAAAUGUUUUAUUGGAAAAAUGCGAUAGUGACUGUAUUUUUGUGCUUUUGUACACUGAGUUACGGUGGAGAUGAAAAUGUCGUCGACAGGAAUAGGGAAAAUACCGCAAAGCAGCACCCUGAGCUGUCAAAAUUAGUCAGAAAUUGGGCAACCAAACUAGGAGGAGAAUUAUGGCAUUUUGGAGAUUUAGUUACUAGACAGAAUAGAGUAAGAGAUAGUUUUAAAGAAACCAACUUGGUAAUGGAAGACGGUGAAGUUCUCUUGAAAACGAUCCACGAUAACAUAUCUCUAAUGAUGAAGGACAAAGUAGACGCCGUAAGAAGGAUCAUGGAUCAAGCGGAACAGAUCGCUCAAGCUCAAAAGGAGAGCGACAUCGAUUUCAACUUUCCUUUCUAUAAUGCCAAAAAUCUGACCAAUUCACUUGAGAACAUCACCGAAGAGGCCACAAGAGAACCUGAAGCUCAAGAACUGCAAGAUAAUUCUUUCAUGGCUGACAUGCGUUUUCAAGACCAGCCUUUCCAUCAAGCUCUGAUCCAGCCCGAAGAGUUUAACGGUUUUCAAAGGGAUGAAGAUACAGAAUCAUCUGAAGAGCCUUCUUUAAAAGACGAUGAUUUAUUGGAUCCUGACUUAGAGGUCACAGAUGGUACCGAAAAAGAUCCGCAGGCCAUAUUAAAUAAAGCACCAGUAGAUAAAUCCCGAUUGCCUUUGAUUCGAAGUAGAAAUUUCUACGAUAUUCCCGUUAAUAUGAACGUCAGUGCCGUCCAUGUUCCUAGUAAUGUUUAUGAAAGAUCGAAAGACGUCAUAGCUGGCAUUAAGUGGUCCGAAGAACUAGACAAAACGUUUAGAUCAAACUAUGAAAUAGAUCCGACUUUAUCCUGGCAGUACUUCGGAAGUUCUACUGGAUUUAUGAGGCAGUAUCCAGCUAUGAUAUGGUCCCAAGAACCCAUAGACCUCUUCGAUUGUCGAACCAGGUCUUGGUACAUUGAAGCGGCAUCGUCACCGAAGGACGUUGUCAUUUUGGUUGAUCGCUCGGGAUCUAUGACCGGAAUGAGAAGAGAAAUAGCCAGACAUGUCGUCCAUAAUGUUCUGGAUACUCUUGGAAAUAAUGACUACGUUAAUAUUUACACCUUUAGCAAUACGACUGAGUGUUUAGUUGACUGCUUCGAUGGGCAACUAGUGCAGAGUAGACAGCUCGAUGCUGUCAAGGUUGAGAUAAACAUAUCAAAUUUUGCAGCAGCUAUUCAAAAUAUUAUGAAUAAUAUAGACACGCUAAUUCAUGAAGAAUGGCAAUCACAACAAGACCCACAAGAACUAAACGUAAACGACAACACCCAAUCAGGUUCAAGUACAAGAAAGAAGAGACGGUUUGUUGAAAGGGAAGACCCCAUUCCUAAUUUAAGGAUAUGUAAGGAAAUUUGUGUUACAAUAGUAGUGCAGGCCAACCUCGCAAACGUGAGGGUUUUGAAAGAGAGUAUGAGUAACUUUAAAACCGAACAGAUUGCCAACUUUUCAUUAGCGCUUGUAACUGCCUUCGAACUUCUUGAAGAAUACAGGAUUAGCAAAAAAGGGGCCAGAUGCAACCAAGCAAUAAUGCUUAUAACUGAUGGUGUUCAAUACAAUUUUAAGGAAAUUUUUGAGAAAUAUAAUUGGGAAAAUUUGCCCUUCAUGAAUGUUAGAGUAUUUACUUAUCUAAUAGGAAGAGAGGUGUCUGAUGUUAGAGAAGUGAAGUGGAUGGCCUGCGCAAAUCAAGGUUAUUACGUCCAUCUCAGCACCUAUGCUGAAGUACGAGAAGAAGUUCUUAACUAUAUUCCCGUAAUGGCCAGACCUAUGGUUUUAAAUCCCAGUCGCAAACCUAACCCAACAUGGAGUCCUGUCUAUGCGGAUGUCACAGAUCCCAAACUAACCAAUUGGUUGUGGGUUAAUCGGGAAACGAAAUAG